AUGAUUUCGAGAUGGGCAAGUUUAUGAAACCUGGGAAGGUGGUCUUUGUGCUGGCUGGAUAUUACUCAGGCUGCAAAGCUGUUAUUGUUAAGAAUAUUGAUGGUGGUACGUCCGACCGUCCAUACAGCCAUGCCCUGAUGGCAGGCACUGACCGCUACCCUCACAAAGUGGCAGCCAGCAUGGGCAAGAAGAAGAUUGCCAAAUGGUCGAAGAUUAAGUCCUUUGUGAAAGUGUACAAUUACAACCACUUGAUGCGAACCAGAUACUCCGUUGACAUUCCCCUGGACAAAACCAUUGUCAACAAGGAUGUAUUUUGGGACCCUGCACUGAAAUGUAAGGCACGGUGAAAGGCCAAAGUGAAAUUUGAGGAAAGAUACAAGACAGGCAAGAACAAGUGGUUUUGCCAAAAGCUCAGAUUUUAAAUUGGAUGUUGCUGCACCGAUAAAUGUUGAA